CACAUCUUUUAUAAAAUUUUGUUAAAAAUCAUGUUUGCAGAAGAGAGAUGGAUGCCAGAUGGACCAUUGCUUCCACCAUUGUGGAGCCUUAAAAAGCCAAAGAACAGUCUUCUUCGUUUCCAAAGAAAAAAUUAGUACUCCUUUAUUCUCUCUCUCAUUCCAACUGUUUCAAAUCUCCAUGGAGAAAAGCGAUCCACUUAAAUCUCCUGAGAGCAGUGGCAGUGUAAAUUCGUCCAUACAUUAUCAGACGCCACCGUAUUACCGUUCAUCAUCGUCAUCAAGUUCAUCACCAGGUAUUGCUUCUUUACAGAGACAGAAACCUCGUAGUUUGCCGCCAAAAUCAUCAAUCUACAAUCCAGUUUUUUUAACUCCUCCUCCUUCAUCUUCUUCUACUGUACUAACACUAGAGGAACGAGUUUUCUAUACGAAUCUCUUGAUAGAGUACACCAAAUUGAAGAAUCUAUAUGCAUUAUGUUGUACUUAUGCUGAAAUGUCAUCAAACGAUAGAGAAGUUUUAGAGCAUGAAAAUGGUACUGUACGAGCAAUUACGGCAGAUCUUCAAAAUCAGUUAGAUCUAUUAGAAAAAUCUGGGAGAGUUACUAAUGAAUCUGUUGGUACAAAUACGGUGGCUCCUUCUUCCAACAACCGACUUCGUGUUUCUAGUACACCAUUCGUCCAGGGAACUGAGCAACGGGUACAGUUACCUACUCGUCCUGCAGCUGUUUAUCAGAGCAAAAAUGUUGGAGUUGAUGAUCAAAAGAAAAGGGGCCCACCACUCAGAGAUAUAUCCAACCAAAUGUCGAAGACGCGAUGAUGAAACACGUCCGGCAAAGAGAACAUCAUUCAGAAUAAAUGAUAGGGAUCGAAAGCAGUAUAAAGACAGAAGAAGCACACAGAUGUAUGAGUGGGGGUGACAUAUUUUUUUGUUUGUUAUUUUACCAUUCCUAUAGUGAAAGGGAAGAUGCACUUGUCACUGCAAGAGCGGACUAUCAAAGUACAUAGUACAAAUAGAGCAGAAAAGGAUUUUUCUUUUUUUUUAUGCAAAACAAAAACAUGUUCCAUUUUUUUUUGCUCA